CAAUGAGCAGAGCCGAUACAAGCUGAUGGGAUGUCGCGUCAGCUGCUAUCGUGUCGGGAUUGGAAUGUUACAGAGUAACAAUCGGAACAACUGAGCAUUUGGCUCUCUUGUCUCCUGUCCAGUGGAACCAUGGACUGGAUCUCAACGUUUCCACACUGACGGCGUUCUACCCUGGUCAACGUGUUAACGACUUUACAUCUAUACCGCGGGAUAGCGUACCUAUUCAGUGUUCGCCGUGGCAGACAGACCCAGGAACCCCCCGCCUCUACUCCACGAAUGAGAGAGUUGGUGUUGAGAUUUCGGACCUCUAUCAGAUUGCCUACCCAAACGAAUUUUUACAUUUGAAUACAACCAGACAGUAGCCUAUAAAGGACACAGGCAACGAUAUUAGGACAUCUUAUAUUUGAUCGUUGGUAGAUAUCACACCGGAGGAGUGCAAUAGCUACACCGAUUUUUGAAAUGGUCCAAGUAGAAUAGGGGGAGCGAGAAAAUACAUGUUAAAUCGCCCACAUGCUCUGGAUCAAUCGCUGGAUAGGGGAACGGAAUACGAACACGGGGGAAAACGCGAGUUCGAAAUCCUUGCAGGCUGGAAGAUGGCGGAGCGGUGGAGGUGGUGAGAGCCUAACUUUGGGCCACUUGAAAUUUAUUUGUAAACAACUCGACCCUAUUUGUAGGACACAUGCAGGCCAAAAAACGAUAUUUAAUCCUGCUCUCCGCCGGUGCAUGUCUAGUUCUACUGUUCUACUUUGGUGGGGUCCAACUUCCAGCCACGGGCAGGAACCGGCAUGACCGAAGCCGCAAUGGAUAUCGCACGGACCAGCCGUGGCCACACUUCUCCGACCCGUUACAACGUUUCUUGCCCUGGGAUCAACUGGACACAGAGGAAUACAACCUUCACAUAUCUCCCAGGCAGAAGAGGGACGUUAACACGAGUGUUUACAAAGGCAAACGAUGCCGCAUGGAUUCGUGCUUUGAUUUCUCUAUAUGUAAAAAGAACGGUUUCAAAGUUUAUGUCUACCCCCAGCAAAAGGGGGAGAAAAUCUCAGAAAGUUACCAGAAUAUUUUAUCGAUCAUUGAGGGAUCCAGGUUCUAUACAUCUGACCCGGGACAAGCUUGUCUAUUCAUCCUGAGCUUGGACACUUUAGAUAGGGACCAGCUCUCGCCACAGUACGUGCACAAUCUCAAAACCAAGGUCCAGAGCCUGGCUCUCUGGAACAACGGUAGAAACCACCUCAUAUUUAACCUGUACUCGGGGACAUGGCCGGACUACACGGAAGACCUUGGCUUCGACAUAGGACAGGCUAUGUUGGCCAAGGCCAGCAUAAGUACAGAGAACUUUCGACCCAACUUCGACGUGUCCAUCCCGCUGUUUUCCAAGGAGCACCCGCAAACCGGCGGUGAGAGGGGAUACCUGAAGUACAACUCCAUUCCACCUUUCAGGAAAUAUAUGCUGGUGUUCAAAGGGAAACGGUACCUGACAGGUAUUGGGUCAGACACGAGGAAUGCCUUAUACCAUGUCCACAACGCGGAGGACGUGGUGCUCCUCACGACCUGCAAACACGGCAAGGACUGGCAGAAGCACAAGGACGCGCGCUGUGACAAAGACAACGCGGAAUAUGACAAGUACGACUACAGGGAGAUGCUGUACAACUCCACCUUCUGCCUGGUGCCUCGGGGAAGACGCCUGGGGUCCUUCCGCUUCCUGGAGGCUCUGCAAGCGGCGUGUGUUCCGGUCAUGCUCAGCAACGGCUGGGAGCUGCCCUUCUCUGAGAUCAUCAGCUGGAACACCGCGGCGGUCAUCGGGGACGAGAGACUACUGCUGCAGAUCCCGUCCACGGUGCGCUCCAUCCAUCAAGACCAGAUCCUGUCUCUCAGACAGCAGACCCAGUUCCUCUGGGAGGCCUACUUCUCCUCUGUGGAGAAAAUAGUGCUGACCACUCUGGAGAUCAUCCAGGACCGUGUUCUGGAGUCCUCAUCCAGAAGUACCCUGAUGUGGAACCGGCAUCCUGGGGGGCUCUUCGCUUUACCACAGUACUCCCCCCACCUGGGGGACUUCCCCUUCUACUACGCCACCCUAGGAAUUAAACCAUACGCGAAGUUCACAGCCGUCAUCCACGCUGUCACCCCCCUGGUCUCCCAGUCCCAGCCUAUUCUCAAGCUGCUGCUGGCUGUCGCCAAGUCACAGUACUGCGCUCAGAUCAUCGUGCUGUGGAACUGUGACAAGCCCCUCCCUGCCAAGCACCGGUGGCCCGCUACCUCAGUACCUGUCAUCGUCAUCGAGGGAGAAAACAAGAUCAUGAGCAGCCGGUUCCUGCCCUAUGAGACCAUAGUGACGGACGCCGUGUUCAGUCUGGACGAGGACACGGUCCUCUCUACCACAGAGGUCGACUUCGCCUUUACGGUGUGGCAGAGUUUCCCAGAGAGGAUUGUGGGAUAUCCUGCCCGUAGCCAUUUCUGGGACAGCAACAAGGAACGCUGGGGGUACACGUCCAAGUGGACCAACGACUACUCCAUGGUGCUCACUGGGGCGGCCAUCUACCAUAGGUAUUACCACUUCCUGUACACCAAUUUCCUGCCGGACAGCCUGAAGGGCAUGGUGGACCAGCUGGCCAACUGCGAGGACAUCCUCAUCAACUUCUUGGUCUCUGCGGUAACCAAGCUCCCUCCCAUCAAGGUCACCCAGAAGAAGCAGUACAAGGAGACCAUGAUGGGACAGACGUCGCGGGCGUCGCGUUGGGCUGACCCAGACCACUUCGCUCAGCGGCAGACGUGCAUGAACAAGUUCGCCAGCUGGUUUGGCGGCAUGCCACUGGUCCACUCCCAGAUGAGACUGGACCCGCUUCUGUUCAAGGACCAGGUCUCCAUCCUCCGCAAGAAAUACAGGGACAUCGAGCGCCUCUGACAGGCCUGGCGCCCCCUGCAGGAGGGGAGGGGGGAGGGGAGAGACUCGGUGGAGAGCCGGAGGAGGAGGGGGGCCCCGGCAGGACAGCCACCCAGCUAGGGGGCACUUGACCUCUCUGUCUUCCACUUAGCACAUUGCCAAUGACCACAGCGCCAGGACUUGAAAAGAAUUAAGCGCCGGUGUCUGGAGAACUACGUACACACACACACACACAUAUACACACACAAACUAUAGAACGACAUAGACAUUCAGUCCUCUGGAACAGACAAAUAUACACUACUGACAUUGAGACUCUUGGAUAGAAUAUUUUUUGUAUGAAUGCCACAAAACAAAGUGAGUGUCCUGCGAUCUCAGCACACGUGCGGGAAAGUUAAUGACCCAGACCCAAACCCAAAACCCUGCCCAUCGGUUUGGUAACUAUGACAAUGCAACACCCUAACCCGCCCUCCCACCCCUUUCUACCUAAUCAGAACCUCUUAGAACUGCAUCAUGACACCUGACACACCCUUCAGCCAUGGACCCUUGGGAAACCCUGUUCUUUUUUUCAGGACGCUUUUUCCUCAUGCGUGUUCAACUGCUUAUUGUCUUUCAAUCAAAACAUUUCUCUUUUUCAUUUUCUCUGUAAGUUGGAUGUCGUGAACUUUCUGUGUGUGAUUGUUCUUUUCUGAAAGGGAGGUUAACUAACUGCCGUUCGAAGAAAGAAAAAGAAAAAAACUUGUAGCCUUGAGAAAAGGCCUUCCCCAAUAGCAGCAUCAUAUUAGAAUCUGUCUCUUGGGCAUCUACCACUGACACGACUGGGAAAAUAUGAUAUGCUUCAAUGUUCUUAAAAAAAGAGGCAGUUUUCCUUUUCUUCUUCUCUUUUAUUUUUCUCUUCUGACUCCAGCGGAAUUCCCUGCCUUCUAAACUAAACUCCUUUACCCGUUUACUCCCAGUGUUUUUGCUCAGAGCAACGCUACGGCAGGAAUCAAAAUGUAGGCCUCUAAACAAGUCUUACCCCGCCUGCACCUUGUCACGAGAUAUUCAUUCUUUUUAUUUCCGAAAUGCGUCAGUGCCACGUUCCAGAAGGUGACAUUAGGGACUUAAUUGCCUUUUUAAAUUGCUUUUUGCACAUUCACCCCUCGCCACCUAACUCUCCCCUCCUUUAAGUCAAUUUGGUACCAUUUAGAUGUGAAAGAAGAACAAAAAAAUACCCUUCUAUAAUUUUCUAGUCAUUACUAUAGAGACGGUCCCCUCACUACUUCAGAAUAACAUUGUUCAUUGUUGUUUUGUGUUCAAUUAGAUGGAGCUAUUUCCUUUUGAAGUGCUGGCUUUCCGAAGGGAACAGGCCCAGAUGAAAACAUAUUUACCGUUAAAGGUUGUCUGCUGGAUACAAUGACCCUUACACCUUACCCUAUCACUAGCUAAUGCUAACCUUGAGAAGACCGUAAUAACAGACAUUUGCCACAAGCCACAAACAAUCACAAGCACACAGUGGUUCAAUUGGAAAAUAUAGCGUAGCUAUUAUAUUUUUUUCUAGGGGAACGACUUGGAGAGAUUGUUGAUUGGGGUCAUUAAGUCUUCAUUGCCUCAACCCAUUCUGCCAGCCAGUCAGUAAGUCUACUCAAACAGGUACUUGAAUGUGAUAAGACUUGAAGGAGUGUGAUGCUUUUUUUUGUGGCCUUUAUUGUGAAGGUGUGUCAGACAAGAGUCUGCUGUAUGAAUCUUCUCUGGGUUCUUCCUGAAUAGGUUUCUCUUCUUUCUUUUUUUUAUGCUGUCAUAUCAUGAUGCAAUCUGCAGAGGUCAACAUUUUAAUGACUGCUGUUUAUAUACAAAGUACAAUCCACUGCCAAUUACUUUUUUGUCGAUAGACUUUGUUGUUUCACUGAUCUCUGUCAUGCUAUCCUUCAACCAUAAUAUAACUUCAUACAUUAUCAUAUCACAAUACUUACUACAACAUUAUUACUACAAAGUGCAUUUCAAAGCUGGUUUCAUGUUGGUUAUAUUGUUGUUGUUUUUCUCUCCUUCUCUCUCUGCAACAUGUUUGCAUAUUGUGUUUGUAUUUACUCAGUGGCUUAUCCGCAGCACAAGUUUAUUUUGUCUAAUUUGAUUCUGGCCAAGAGAGAUUUGUUGUAUUUGGUGCGACGUGACAGAAAGCCGUGUGUCACUUGGUAGGAAGCCGUUUGAACUUAAGGUUUAUGCAAAAUGAUUUCCUGUCUGAAGUUUAGUGAACUGUCUUUAAAAUUGAUUUUGAGCCAUUUAUAUCUAAGUUUGUUUGAAUUGUUUAGACAUCGCAAGAGAGGAAGACAAGUAUAGGAACCCUUAAGACGAUUGCAGGAAAAAACUAGAGACAUUUCACUGUAUUUAAACAUUAUUUAUUUUCACAUACAAACAAAACCAGACAGUAUAACAGGCUAUAUGGGGGGAGGUGACUGGACAGAAAAACAAACAUCUAAUAGCUGAAGUCAGAGAGAAACAAAAAUCCUGUUCAUUUUGAAUGCAACUUUGUGUAUGCCAAUGUGUUUUUUUGUUAGUUUUUUUUCAGUUUGUAUUUCCAUUAAACCAUCCAUCCUGCUUUUA